CCUGGGUGUGACGUCCCCAUUCAAAAUUCCUGUUGCAGCCUGUGAGCCGUACACCAUCAAAGGUGUCAUUGGUUUGUUUUGGAAACAUGAGUCAUCACUUUUUUGUCUCCCCCCGCCCGCCAGGGAUCGAGCUGUGCCUGCCGGGUUGGCGCUUCUCCAUGACCAUGGUGGCCAGUUUCGUGAUGCUGGGCGGGCAGCUGCUGAUGCCAGGUGUGGCUUACCUGUGUCGGGAUUGGCAGGUGCUCCAGGCCGUCAUCAUCUGUCCACUGCUGCUCAUGCUGUCCUACAUCUGGAUAUUCCCUGAGUCACUGCGUUGGCUGCUGGCCACUCAGCAGUACUGCCGCUCCAAGUGGAUCAUGGGACACAUUGCCAAGAAAAACUGCGUGAACAUGGAGCAUGACACCGACAACAUCCUGCCAG